AAGAGAAUGGGAAGAGUAGCACUUGCCGCAAUUGUGAGUUCAUGGGUUAUUCUUGUCACCGUACUCGUUAAUCGUGUAGUUCCUGAUCCCUAUAUGGAUGAGAUAUUUCAUAUACCACAGGCUCAACAGUACUGCAAGGGAAAUUUUAGGAGUUGGGAUCCCAUGAUAACCACUCCUCCGGGCUUGUAUGUAGUUCUCUCUUGUCCUUCUGAAAUGAUUUGUGAAAACAAAUAAUAGUAGAAUGAAUCUUCUCAUGUAAAAGGUUUCUGGGCUACAAGGUCAUGUGAAAAGAGAAUGACACAAGACAAUAACAUAGGACCCUGUAAAUCCUAUGGGAUACAAUUUAAUUUUAAUUACUACAAGGCCAUGUUUUGAUGAGGAGGUUUUGGAGGGAAAUGAUGGAUAAAUAGUGAUCUAAGUGAACAUUGCGUUAUUAGACAACCUGUAAAAUAUGAUAAACGAAAUGAAGGUACUAGUGGUUUAUCUGUAGAUAUUGUAUAUAGUUUUGUUUAAUCUAUAUAAUUGAUCUCACUUAUUGAGUAGCAGCUUCGUUGUUGUUGUUAUUGUGAGGAAUGAAAUAAGAGGUUAUCAUGUAACUUCAAUCUAACUGUAUUCAUCUGCACUUUGCACGAGCAUUUUAUAUGCUCCUCUAACUUGAGAAAUGAGAAUUUAAGUAUUCAACUCACGCCUCCGUCAGCAGUUGUUUGAAUGUGAUAUGGCUGUUUCCUGGGAAAGAUGAAAGUGUUGGAGUUGGUGACACAGUAAGAGAAUGAUCGUCAGUUGUUCUUAAGCUUGUACCAUUCGGCACUCAUGAAAUGUACUAUCUUUCACUUGCCCAGGUUGCUUCUUUGUUCGGGUUUUAUUCUAUUAAAGACACAUCAUCUUUUUCUGAUUUGUGCUCUUCUGCAAUUCUUCGAUCAGUUAAUGGUGUCUUAGCUGUCAUAUGCUGCAUAAUAUUAUAUGAUGUAAUCACUCACUUGAAACCCACCCUUGAUGAUAGAAAGAAAAUGCUUCAGGCAGUGGUCCUAUCCCUGUACCCACUUCACUGGUUCUUCACUUUUCUCUAUUAUACAGAUGUUGCAUCUCUCACUGCAGUGAUGGCUAUGUAUCUUGCAAGUUUGAAGAGGAAUUACUGGUUUAGUGCAUUGAUUGGAGCCUUUUCAGUUGUUAUUCGACAAACAAACAUUAUAUGGGUACUUUUUGUAGCAUGCACUGGGAUCCUAGAUUAUUCUCCGAGUCAUAGAAAGGGUAUUGUGGGGAAGGCCAAAUCAGAUGUAUGUAUUAAUAAUCCUAGUUCAGAAAAUUCUACAGGCAAGAGUAAUGUGGGAUUAUAUGUGAAAAAGCGAAAGUCUGUUAAAUCUGUGGAUACUGUUGAAAGCUCUCUGCCUAGGACACCUGUGCCUACUUUCGCUUCUUCAGGUUUGGUUAAUGAAGUUCAGACAAUCCUCUUAAUGUUAUGGCAUAAGAAGUGGGAGAUUUUAGUAUUGUUUAGUCCCUAUCUUCUGGUGUUUGUAGCCUUUAUUUUAUUCGUACGUUGGAAUGGGGGUGUCGUUCUGGGUGCAAAAGAAGCUCACACCGUUACCCCUCAUUUUGCUCAGAUACUUUAUUUUGGUUUGGUUUCUAUAUUGGCUCUGGCUCCAAUGUAUUUUUCCAUUGCUCAUUCUCUGGAUCUAUUGCAUUUGUUACGGAGAAUUGGACCCCUCUGUUGUUUCUUUCAGGGGUUUGUGGCCCUUAUUGCUGGCUUCCUAUCGGUACACUUUUUCAGUGUGGCGCAUCCAUAUCUUCUUGCUGAUAAUCGGCAUUACCCUUUCUAUCUCUGGAGGAAAAUCAUCAUGGCUCACUGGUCAAUUAAAUAUUUAUUGGUUCCAAUUUACUUAUGUUCAUGGCUUUCCAUAAUUCAUAUGCUGGGGAGAUUUCAAAGGAAAAUAUGGGUAUUAGCAUACUUCUUGGCCACUGCUGCUGUUCUUGUACCAGCUCCAUUGAUAGAAUUUAGAUAUUACACCAUACCAUUCUAUUUUCUGGUGCUUCACAGCAAUUUUCAGGAUAGUGGGAAAUGGUUUCUCACAGGAAUUCUUUACAUUGGUGUCAAUAUCUUUACUAUGAUGAUGUUUCUGUUUCGGCCAUUUCAUUGGGAUCAUGAACCUGGAACUCAAAGGUUUAUAUGGUGAAGCAAGCGGCGUUUUUCAAAUGAGUCAUGUAUACGUAUUUCUCUUUUGGCAUGUAUCUUGCCUUUGAUUUCAAUAGAAAGGAAAACAUACUGAUUUUCUUUGAUAGGUUUUACCAAUCAGCUUUCUUUAUACAUCAUUGUAAAUAUGAGUGUAUUGAUUUCUGUAGAUCUCAUAUUUUGGUAGAUAGGAAAACAAAAUUAGAUUCAGUUGAAUUGGUCAUAUAUAGGUCCAUUCUAUGUUCAAUUUUUGGUGGCUUUGUUUUCUCGUAACUUGUUUCGUGGUGGCGCUAGGUUCAAUUUCAGGCUCUUCUCCUUACUGCCAGAGUUUCCAGCAAUUUAAUUCCUUGACUCGAAGAAGCGAAACAAUUACAGCAAUGAAUAGUCAUUGUUUCAAGGGUGUUACUUCUUAAUUUUCUCUAGAAACAGUAGAUUCUUUC